UCAUAUUUUGUUUUUUCCAGAUUUUUUGCUUAAAUUUAAAUAUUUCUCUCCCCAGUUUCUUCUUUCCAGUCUAGCAAUGAAAUCUGUUCAACCUAAUUAUAUCUCGUUCACUCAGUCAGAGCUUUCAUUGGUAGAUCCUCUCUAUAAAAAUCAUCCCUUCCUAUCUCAUAAUUCUUUUGUGAUUCGUCGCCCAGAGCCCUACCAUUCAGAUCAAGAAUGUUUUAGGGGGUGAGCUCACCUUAAAUUUAUCAUUCUUCCUCUCUCGGCAAUCAUUCGUGAGUAUCUUCUACUCAUCGAUUGUCCUCCAGGGCAGAUAAAUCAAAAGUUGUAUUAUUUCAUGAGGGUGGUUAUUGAUCACAACCGUUCAGCUCCUCCUUCUGAGAAGAUUACCGCUCUUGACGUUUUUCAGAGAUAUCCUCUGAAUUCAAAUGGGAAGAAUUCUGAUUUUCCUCUUCUCAAGUAUAUUUCCUUCGGGGUCUCCGGUCCACGCUCGGUAUAGAGGAGAGCUUCCGCAAGAAAAAGUACAAGCUCCCAAAGUAUGGGUCUAGACCGAUUAUUUUGAUCGAUGGUUGGGAGGGCGGGAGAGAUUCUCCUUUAGAAGAUUUGAAGUUGAGGCUUCUGUUUAAUGAAGAGCCUCGCUCCUGUCCCUCUGAUUUUUAUAUUUCAGAAGAUGCUCGUCAUUUAUAAUCGUCUUGGUCACCUCACUAGUUAUAAUGACCAGGUUCUUGAUCGUACGAUCGACUCCUUUCAGUACAGGGGACCUGAGCGUACGUCCACAAACAUUCUUAGAGAUAUAAUUAAUUUCUUUGCAUCUUCAUCGUCAUCUCGCUCUCGGGAUAGGAUUCCAGAAGAUAUGAUAUUUUAGUUUUUUUCGUAAUUCAGCAUUAAUUUAGAAUAUGCCACGGUGCUUACCAUCAUACCCCAUGUGUAACCAAGCGUUUGAGGAGAUGCUUUGCUUCCAAGAAAACAACCAAGUUGGUUGUUAAUUAAGUUUAAGCCCGAGUUGACCAAUCUUCGGCCAGUUUUGUCCGACGAUAUUGUUGUGUCAGCUGAGGCCAAGAUCAAAAUUAUAUAAGAAAGUUGUGACCUCUUUGGAGGCAGAACUUGCCCUAUCUAGGUCUUCCGCUGCUGUUGUUGGUACUGCUUUAGCAGUUGCAUCUGAUUCCUCCCUAGCAGGGACUUCUGAUCCUUCUGGGUCGACUUCAGCUUCUCCUUUCAUGGAUUUUGUCUUAUUCCAGGGUGCAUCAGCUGAUCCAUCUAGCUCUGUUACUUCAGCUCAAGUUCCAAUUGAGAAUGAUGAUUUCGAGGUCCUUAAGGAGGUUGGUCUACUUCCAAUUCAGUCUGUAUCCAGAGAUCCCAUGUCCCCAGUCAUCGAGGAGGUUGAGAUACAAGAAGUUUCUGUUGAACAUCCAUUUUUGAUUCAGGGGGAGGCCACGGCUGAAUCUCAGUCCUCCGACCCAGUUGUUGAAGCUGAAGUUCGAAGAUCCGGUGGGGAUCCACCUCCUUCGGGUAUUUCGUUUGGUCGAGGUUCUCCUAGUUCUCCCAUAUCCGAAAGUAGCUCGGGUUCCGAUGAAGAGGACGGUUUUAGUCCUGUCACAUCUUUUCGUUUUUCGGGUUGAACUUUUCAUUUUUCUUUUCUGUUCUCUACUUGUAAAUAUAUAUGAAUAUGUUAAAGGAAUAUAUGUUUUGGAAAGA